GAAAUGUGAGUGUGUCGACCCGUGCACGACUUCACAUAACGCUAACUAAAGCGUAUGGAUGUUGCGGACGAUAAUGAGAAAUUUAAAAUUUACCAACCGUUAGAUUAUUCUUUUAUGGACAUCAAGGACCCACCAGAUAUACUUAAGUCACAACCCAGGAUUUAUCGUGGUUUAACACUAGAAUGCCCUAAAAACCAAGACGGAAAGUGGCUCACUAGAUCUUUUAAAGCGACCAACAAUCAACUGACAGAGUUAUCUGAAAUGCCCAACAUACUGGCAGAACUGUUUGGAAGCUUCGACUGGGUCACAUGGUUGGACCUUUCCUGCAAUAAGAUAAACGCUAUUCCUGUGUCCAUACAGAAGCUGACGCGAUUGAAGUUGUUUUAUCUACACGGAAAUCAAAUAAAGUACUUUCAGGACGUCCAAAGAUUGACGAAAUUGAAAGAGUUGAAAAAACUUACUCUACAUGGAAAUCCUAUUGAAAAUGAGAAGCUGUCAAGUGCAGUGAAUUGAUCAAUUACCUCGAGUUCCUCACUAUCGAGGGCCAGUGGAUCAUCUUGUGGCUGGUUGUUGUGCAACAAAACUGCACUCUGAUGGUGCGAAGCGCGUGCCAAAUGAUGGGAACACAUUCCAUAUGUUAUUCAGCAAGAAGAUAUCGUCCAUAUAAUCAAGAUGAACUAACCUUUCAACAGGCAGCACAUCAACGCCCGCAUUGCAAGAAACUUCAAUGCAACACUCCAUGAUGGAGUCAACGUCGUUAUUGACCAAAAAAGAAGGAACUGGACAACCCCGACUAACGCCACUCGAACGAGAUGCCGUCGCCUUAUUAGACAUGUCAUCUCCACUGGCAGAAAUCGAAGGAAUAGAUUUUAAAACCCAGAUGUUAUUUUCCAAGGUACUGACUGCGGUACUACCGUUAGGAAACGAAGAACAGACACCUGAUAAUGCAGAUAAAGAAGACGAAGGACUGACGAUGAUUUGGAAAUCACAGAAGCUCCAAAAUAAGGUGAAGUUAGACAUAUUUACUGCAAUUAAAGUCAUUUGCUGUGGUAAAUUGUCAAAGCAUGCUGAGUAGUGUGGCUUGUGCUGAGAG